CGGAGGCAGCCCCGCCGCCGCAGCCCCGCGGCGCCCGGCCGGGCGGGCGGGACGAUGCCGGUGAUGAAGGGGCUGCUGGCGCCGCAGAACACCUUCCUGGACACCAUCGCCACCCGCUUCGAUGGCACACACAGCAACUUCAUCCUGGCAAACGCUCAGGGUCGCUGUGGCUUCCCCAUCGUCUACUGCUCCGACGGAUUCUGCGACCUGACGGGCUUCGGCCGCAGCGAGGUGAUGCAGAAGAACUGCAGCUGCCGCUUCCUCUGCGGGGCUGACACCAGCGAGCCCGUCCUGCAGAGCAUCGAGAGGGCGCUGGACAGCAGGCAGGAGUACCAGACUGAGGUCUGCUUCUACAAGAAGGGUGGAGCUGCCUUCUGGUGCCUGCUGGACAUCAUGCCCAUCAAGAACGAGAAGGGGGAGGUGGUGCUCUUCCUCUUCUCCUUCAAGGACAUCACAGAGAGCCGAGGCAGGAGCCACCCUGGUGACAAGAAGGAGGAGAAGCAGAGGAGUGAGAAGCAGAGGAGCAAGAAGCCCGGGAGCUCUCACCUGAGGGCUGCACGGAGGCAGGGCCGGACCAUGCUGCACCAGCUCAGCAGCCAGUUUGUCCGGAGGGACCGUGGAGAGAUGAAAAUCAACCGUAACGUGUUUGAGAACAAGCCGUCCAUCCCCGAGUACAAGGUGGCCUCGGUACAGAAGUCCCGCUUCAUCCUGCUGCACUACAGCAUCUUCAAGGCUCUCUGGGACUGGCUGAUCCUGCUGGCCACCUUCUACGUGGCUAUCACCGUCCCCUACAACGUCUGCUUCACGGGCACAGAGGACAGCCUGUCAGCUGCCCGCAGCACCAUCGUCAGCGACAUCGCCGUGGAGAUGCUCUUCAUCCUGGACAUCAUCCUGAACUUCCGCACAACGUACGUGAGCCAGUCGGGCCAGGUCGUGUACGACCCUCGCUCCAUCUGCAUCCAUUACGUGGCCACCUGGUUCUUCGUGGACCUGAUUGCUGCUCUGCCCUUCGAUCUGCUCUACAUCUUCAACGUGACCGUGACCUCGCUGGUUCACCUGCUGAAGACGGUGCGGCUGCUGCGGCUGCUGCGGCUGCUGCAGAAGCUGGACCGCUACUCGCAGUACAGCGCCAUGGUGCUCACGCUGCUCAUGUCCAUGUUUGCCCUGCUGGCCCACUGGAUGGCCUGCAUCUGGUACGUCAUCGGCCGCAAGGAGCUGGAGAGCAACGACCCCCGCACCUGGGACAUCGGCUGGCUGCACGAGCUGGGCAAGAGGCUGGAGGCUCCCUACAUCAACAAUUCGGUGGGGGGCCCCUCCAUCCGCAGCGCCUACAUCGCCUCCCUCUACUUCACCCUCAGCAGCCUGACCAGCGUGGGCUUCGGCAACGUCUGCGCCAACACGGACACCGAGAAGAUCUUCUCCAUCUGCACCAUGCUCAUUGGGGCGCUGAUGCACGCCGUCGUGUUCGGCAAUGUCACGGCCAUCAUCCAGCGCAUGUACUCCCGCCGCUCGCUCUACCACACCCGCAUGAAGGACCUCAAGGACUUCAUCCGCGUGCACCACCUGCCCCAGCAGCUCAAGCAGAGGAUGCUGGAGUACUUCCAGACCACCUGGUCGGUGAACAACGGCAUCGACGCGAACGAGCUGCUGCACGACUUCCCCGACGAGCUGCGCGCGGACGUGGCCAUGCACCUGAACAAGGACAUCCUGCAGCUGCCCGUCUUCGAGACGGCCAGCCGGGGCUGCCUGCGCUCCCUCUCGCUCCACAUCAAGACCUCGUUCUGCGCCCCGGGGGAGUACCUGCUGCGCCAGGGUGACGCCUUGCAGGCCAACUACUUCGUGUGCUCCGGCUCCCUCGAGGUGCUGAAGGACAACGUGGUCCUGGCCAUCCUGGGCAAAGGGGAUUUGAUUGGAGCCGACCUGUGCAGAACGGACCAGGUGAUCAAGACCAACGCGGACGUGAAGGCUCUGACCUACUGCGACCUGCAGCACAUCGGCCUGCGGGGGCUCUGGGAGGUGCUGCAGCUCUAUCCCGAGUACGCCAGCAAGUUCACAGCUGACAUCCACCAGGACCUGACCUUCAACCUGCGGGAGGGCAGCGAGAUGGAGGGGCUCUGCCGCUACUCCCGGUCCCCGAGGCUGCCACAGCCUCGUCCGGAGAGCGGCGCGGCCCCGGAGAAACCCCUUCCCUCCAUUGUGGAGGAUGAGGAGGAGCCCGACGAGGUUUUCCAGCAGUCCCCCGCCGGCAGCUCCCGCCGCAAGGUGCUGCUGCCUGCGCUGGGCAGCUCCGUGCGCCGCGGCUCCCUGAGCAGCCUCCUGGGCGAUGAGCCGUGCCAGGGCUCGGCCCUGCGGCACCACCGCCCCUCGCCGUGCCGCAGGGACAGCCGGCCCCAGGAGAGGGAUGCUGGCGUGGGCAGGAGGCCGGGCAAGCUGCUCAUCCCGUCGCUGCGCUCGAACGGCCCGCCCGACCUCAGCCCCAGGGUGGUGGAUGGCAUCGAGGACAACGGAGGGGCUUCGGAGGCUCAGAGCUUCUGCUUCAGCGCGGCGAGGGACUCCCCGAGCGCAGCAGGAACCGACCCCGGCGGCCCGGCCCUGGCGGUGGAGGCAGAGCAGAUAAAGCAGAACAUCGGCAGGCUCAACCAGGAGGUGCGCUGGGCAGCAGAGGUCCCCCAAACCCCCGGGGACACCGGCGGGCGCUCACGGCUCUCUGUCCCCCUCCAGAUCAACCACCUCAACCGGGAGGUGUCCCACCUCAGCCGGGAGCUGCAGGGCAUGAUGGAGCUGCUCAAGGCUCACCUGGGCGCCCCGCACCCCCCGGCCUGUCCCUGCCGCCCGCCCGCCCCGGUGCCCGCCUCGCCCCCGGUGCCCCCGGUGCCCCCCAGCUCCCUCAGCUCGCCCAGCGCCAGCCCCCGGCCCAAGCGCUGCCCGGUCCGCAGCCGCUCUGCGCCCUGGCCGGGCUCCGAGGGCCGCCGCCGCUGCCGCCGCGCUCCGCCCGCUCCUUCCCCGGCUGCUCGGCCGGGGCCGGGGGCCGCGCCCGCCCGCAGCCGCGACCCGGCUCCAGCAGCUCCCAGUGAGCCCGCGGGCACCGGCGGCACCCGCACCGGGGGUACCGGGACCCGUCCCGGGGGGAACCCCGGGAGUCGCACCGGGGCACCCUGCCCGGGGUCCCGGGAGCCGCACCGGGGCUCUCCGCCGCGGGACCCGUCCCGGGGCCCCGGCUCCGCUGUCUCCGUCCGCCGCCGCCCCGCCCGACUCCCCCACGGCGCCGGUCGCACCGGGACGCCCCCGGACUACAACUCCCAGCAGACCCCGCGGGAGCGCCAUGACGUCACGCGCAGCUCACCGGGGCGGGGCGGGAGCGGGUGA